GUUUGAAUGAGCUGUAUAAUAUGUACGUACGUUUACUGGGUACACCUACCUAGGUAUGCAUGCCCCUUGAUAGGAACCUUAAGUUCAGGUCAGGAGGACAUCUUGUAUAUGUAGGGGCCUACCCCAAACAUUGUGGACAGCUGCCUGCCUUUCUCUCUCUCAGUAUCAAUAAAGUGCUUUCAGCCCCUUUUCUUGUAUUAUCAAUCAAUUCAAGUAGUCAAGCUCAGAUCAUGUAAGUAAACGAACAGUGUGGGAAGGUUAACGAUGCAGUAUCUGGCAUCACAUGGAUGAAAAUGUGGCUUUCAUGCUCGGCUUUAUGAGUAAGCAUAUCUAAGGUUACAUAGAAGGUAGGAUACUAUGCGGGUAGCCUAGCCAUACGGUCUGGAACCUACACAAGCCUUCGACCCUAUUGGAACGAACUAUGCCGGCAUGCUACAAUGAGACGUAACAAGUCAAUGCCGUCGCGGAGAUAUGACGUUCACCGAAGAUGGCUUAUAAAUCAGUAGCGGGUCUCGAGAUACUCUUCAUGACGGGUAAAGCGAAUUGUCGUGCAUCGAGGUCUAUUUGCUCAAAUAAACGUUAACUGAUUCGAGGAGUAUUGGGCCAUAUCGCCACCUUCAUCAUGACGGAAUCAUCAAAUGGAUCACAGAAGCUUGGAACCCACAACUCCAAGCUUACAAUGAGCCCCGGGUCCCUGGUAGUGGUGACGGGCGUCAAUGGCUUUGUUGGGAGUCAUAUCGCGGACCAGCUAUUGCAGUAUGGAUAUCGUGUUCGUGGUACUGUCCGAAGUAUUUCCAAGAACCAAUGGGUGAAACCCCUUUUUGAGCAGAAAUAUGGACCAGGCAAGUUUGAAUUGUUGGAGGUGUCAGAUAUGGUACAAAAUGGCGCAUUCGACGAAGCUGCCAAGGGGGCGUCCGGCUUCGUGCACUGUGCGGCACCGAUAAUGGACACCACCGAUCCUCACGUCACUGUUCCUGUUGCUGUGGACAGCACAAUUCGGUUUCUAGAGUCGGCUGCGAAGGAGCCGAUGAUUAAGAGGGUGGUCUUAACGUCCUCUUCGGGGGCAUGCACAUAUUUUGUUCCCAACAAGGUUUUCACGGUCGACUCGGACACCUGGAAUGAAGCUUCGGUCGAAAAGGCAUACGGGCUACCACCUCCUGAUGUGAAGGAACGCCUCAGAGACGUUUACUUCGCAAGCAAAACCAAAGCCGAGCAGGCAGCAUGGCAAUGGAUGCGGGAGCAUCAGCCCGCCUUUGCACUGAACACAGUGAUUCCCAGUGCCAACUUCGGAGCGUCCAUUGACCCGGUCAACCAAGGCUACCGGACUACGGGAUUGUGGAUCCCGGCCCUACUCGAAAUGGGGGAAGGCCUGAGAAUGAAGGAUUUUCCGGGCCUAAUACCACAGUACUACGUUAACGUGCGCGAUGAUGCCACAUUGCACGUCGCAGCGCUAGUGUAUCCCGAUGUGCAGGGCGAGAGGCUAUUCGCCUUUGCAUAUCCUUAUGAUUGGAAUUCCAUUUUGCACGGGCUGAGAACGGUAUGCCCCGAGCGCAGAUUUGGCGAGGAUGUCUCUGAUGUGCCUAAAGACCAGAGCAAGGUGGCGAAUGAAAGGGCCGAAGAAUUACUCAAGAGAUGUACAGGCCAUGGAUGGACGAGCCUCGACCAGAGUAUUAAGGAGAACACAGAAGGAUUGGUAUUAACAUAAAGUACAUACCUAAGCCAUUAAUUAGGAG